CAUACCUUAUUGAAGCAAUGAACAGAGCAGUAGACAUUUAAAUCUUCUUUGAUUUCGACAGAAAUGGCGACUUCUGUGGACAGUGAGCAUAGUACUGGGAAUUCUGAAGAAGGUGAACAAUCUGAUGACAGUGGACAAGAAUAUCCACCAUCUCCGGUUCAUGAGGUGAAGGUUGUGGAUGGCUAUGAUGUGUUUCACGGAUCUCCAAAUGACAGAAAAAGGAUUGCUCUUGUUGUUGACUACUCUGAAUUUCCUGGACCCAAAAGGUUCAAGCAGAACAUAGAGAUCAAAGAUGUUGUAACAGAGCAUGUUCUUCCUUUCCUUCCUGCCAAAUCACUUUUCAGGUUCAGAGCUGUUAGCAAAGAGUGGGAUGAGUUGAUUACCAGUCCAUUUUUCAUUCACCAGCAAUCUCAUCACUUCCGGGACAUCUCUGGUCUGUUUUGUCAACUCCCUGGUGAUGCGCCUUUCUUCAUGUCUCUUAAUGGUGAUGCUUAUGGCGUUCCCAGUCCUUCCCUCAGUUUCUUGCCUGAACCAGUUACUGUCAGAACCAGUUGCAAUGGUCUGCUCUGCUGCCAAAGCUGCAAUGGAGAAAAUACCUACUAUAUUUGCAACCCUGCUACCAGGGAAUGGAGAGCGCUUCCCAAGUCAAACUUGUAUCAUGGCCCUGAACCAGCCCUAGCUCUAGCCUUUGAGCCUUCUGUCCUGAACUUUGCAGCACAUUAUCAACUUAUUUGUGCUUUCUCUUUAACUGAUCAUCCUGUUAUCUGUUUCGAAAUAUUCUCUUCGAGGUCAUCCUCGUGGAGACUUGCUGACACAGAAUGCUGUGAGCUAAAUGCUUCGAAGCUGAAUGGAGAUGGACUCUUUAUGAAGGGUGUAGCCUUCUGGGAAACUUCUGCUGGCGAUAUUUUAGCUUUUGAUUUGAAUGAGGAGCAAUAUGGUAUUCUGUCACUCCCUCUCGGCAGCGGACCACAUGGUGCUUUGGUAGAGAUGCACGGGGAGCUCUGUUACAUUCUGCCUCAUCGAAAGGGCCAUGAGUACAACCUGGACAUCUAUGGUGAUAUGGACAUGAAUCUGAAGCAUAGUAUUUCUCUUGAUGGUGAUUUUUUCCGCGAAUUUACUGAGAAGAUGAGGGCUCUGGCUUGCGUCAAUAGUGAUGUGGUGAUAGUUGAUAUUGGAGGGAUACUGAUUGCCUAUGAUGUGAAAGCAGGGAAGGCUGAAGUGCUACGAAGUGGAACCAGGACUGAUGAUGGAUAUAUGAGGUACCUUCCAUAUGUGAACAGCCUUGUACACGUGCAUUAAUCAUACAUGAGCAGCCUCUUUUCUGUGGAUCCUACUGCCUAAGCCAAGCUAGCAAACUGGAUUUUUUACUUUAGGAUUAGAUUGUUUGCAAGUGUAAUUCCGAACUUCUUCUCAAACUCCUGACGAAGUUCUUAUUUGAAACUUGUUUGAGGUCAUAAUCUUUGCUCAGGGUUUUUGGCUGCCUGUAUGAUGCAGGCCAUGGAAAUUUGAUCGGACAAUGAUGAAUGUUGAAUGCUGAAAUAUUUCAUUUCUUAAAUCAAGUUUAAACACCGC